AUGCUAAGAGUAUUCAAGGCUAAAACAAGAGAAUAUAUUAAAGAGACCAUAGAAUUAAGCAAUCUUUAAUUUCCUUGGAAAUUUGGAGGGUAUGACUAUUGUUUUCAUCCUAGAUUUCCUCAUGAACCUAAAGAUGGAUUAUUAAAUGGGUUCACUGAUUGGAGAAGAAUUAUUAAUGAAGAGAAACUAUAAUUACUUACUACUGAAUACUUUCAAAAAAUCAAUGACUAAUAACCAUUACGAUUGGAGAGAAUUGUAGAGCAUUCUUUAAUGUCACAAAUUUAUAGAGAAUUAAUGAGAACCAUAAACAUUCGAUAAAAUACGAUAUUAGAUGCUUUGAUUUUCAAGUUUACAACGUUGAAAAUAUUUUUCGUGUGGGAGUUCAUCUGGGUAGAUAAAGAAAUAAGCCAUUAGAAAUCAGGCAUUUCAACCAAAAUAUCAACGGACAUGAUUUUCUUUGUGUAUGGAGAAAAAGGCCAUUUGUAACAGAUAAAGCAACUCUUUCCCUUUUUAUUGAUGUCUCAUUUAAAACUUAAGGAUCAACUAUAAUUUUGA